CUCAUAACAAAAAACAACCAUUGACAGCUAUCGCGACAUCAAUUUUUCUCUUCUAACCGCCCACAGACUUUUGUGCACAUCACACAUGAGAACGAUUUGAGAAGGACUCCAAGGCGCAAAUGUUCAUCCGGAACGAUCAACCCGACCAUGCACAUCAUCAACACAACACCUACACGACCAACAACUCGUCCCACUACCAGUAACUCCCGACUCUCUCUUGACAAAAUCACACACACGCACAACAAUGGCCGGAAAACAAACGACUCAUCCCCUACGUCCAAAACGACAUCAUUCCCCCACCUCCGGCCUCUUAUACACUGAAACCAUCAUAAGAGCACGACCGACAAACCGACAAUUGUAUGAAUUUCUAUCCAAAUCUAUCGGAAGACCUCCACCUCAAGAAUGGGAGAAUGAAGGUGAGGAGGGGGUUUCGACGUUGCAGGAUAUGGCGUUGAGAUGUUUUUUGAAUCAUGUGGAUGGGUUUGGUGAGGAGCAUUUUGGGGGCGAUGUUGGAUUGAUGGGGGAGAGGGUUUGGCGGGAGGUUGUGAAACACAAUCUCCAAAGCCUUCGACUAUGGCAGCUCUUCACAACAAUCUGCAAAGAUCAUCCUCCACCAGACAUCGACGCCGACCAACCACCUGCAAGAACCCACAAGACAAUAACUCACCAUCAUCUCCCCCUCUCGCUAGUUAUCCCAGCAAUCUCUUCUCCCUCUCUCGUCUACCUCACCUCCCUCACCCUCAUCGACAAAAUCACAGAUUCAUCCACCUCUCUAUCCAUACUGUCCAUUCUCUCAAAUCUAGCCGUUCUACAUAUAGUUGGCUCGCCUUCCUCGACACGGGAGACAUCCAUGAUUGACGAUGAUACAACGAGGCUUUGGAACAAACAAGCAAGAUACAGCAACGGCUUUCCUAGGCUCAAGAUGCUGUUUCUGAGAUUCCAAUUGGGCGUGAGCGAAAGGGUGUUUGGGGAGUUGGAGCAUUUUCCUGCUCUGGAAAUGGUGGUCACGAGUCGAUGUGGCAUCAAGACGAAGGAGGGUAAGAAGGUUGCAAAAGAAAAGGGGUGGAAGAUGACGAGUAAAGCCUUUUACGCCCACACCGACACCAUUCUGGAAGCCCAUCCUCUAGGUCGUAGUUACCUCGACAUUGUCACUACCUUCUUGACUUCUCUCGUCUCCUCCCCCGCUGCUCCUUCAUCCUCGCCAUCUCGCCCUACUCCGUUACCACCCCUCUCACCCUCGCCCAUAACCAUCCCCCUCUCCCUCAUCCAACUAGGACGUCAACCUCCCUCCCAGUCCACGAACGUCCUCCUCGAUACUCAAGAAAUAGCAUGCUGGGUCAAAGACACAGACGAGAGUCGGAAAUUGGCAGAGGAAAAGAGGAAGAGAGGAGUUGACAAAGAGGAGAGAAAGAUGGAGGGAGGGAAGAGGGUUAGAAGGAUCAAGGAGGCGAAGAGGAGAGAUCUGUUGGGAUUGCUGGAGGGCAUGUAGGAGACGGGAGAGUACUUGAAGGUAGGAGUUCUAGCAAGUGGGCACCUCGUAUGUCGCAGAAAAGACGUAGGAUGCUGUCACUUGGCUUAUAUUCAUGUUGGAGAUCGCAGAGGCUACACGGGACUGGCGGCAAACACUGGAUUGAGAUUCGAGGAAGGUGUACGUCAAUCCAUAUCAAGAGCUUUUCGUCUCCAAACACGCCCUGAUAAGAAGAGGAAGUUUACAAAAUAGCCAUGAGAUGGCCACUCUGGCAGAAUGAGACGACACGAUCAGAAGGAAACGACCGAAAUGAUUUUAAGAAUGCCGAGAUCUCCAUUUUUUUUAGGGUGCUGUCUAAGAUAGUAUAGCUUUGUCUGUCCAUCCCGUGAACUCUCUCAUCAUCGUAUUAUAGACUGAAAACGCCAUCCGCUCAUGAUAUAUUGAGAAUAGAAGAAAAC